AGUAGUAUUUUGAUUUGAUUCAGUUCAAUGGCGAUUUAUGGCGACCAAUCUGCUACAUACAGAUGCAAAAGCUGCCAAAAUCCUGUUGCUUUCCGCAGUGAACUACUCUCUAAAAGCUAUCGGGCAAAAACUGGGCCAGCCUUUAUGUUCUCUCAUGCAAGGAACAUCAUUUUGGGGCCAAAGCAAGAUAGAAGUUUGAUAACUGGUGUGUAUAGUGUUGCUGGCAUCUUUUGUAGCAAAUGUGGUGAGGAAUUGGGUUGGAAGUAUAUUCAAGCUUAUGAGGCAAGAGAAAGGUUCAAGGAAGGAAAUUUCAUAAUUGAGAGGGCAAAGAUAACCAAAGAGUAUUAAAACAUAUAUAAAUUGAAGGCAAUUCUAAUUAGCAAUCUCACUUGGAUGUUGUUGUCUUCAUUCAUUUCUGUGUAAUUGUAAAA